CAUGGAUUACACAGUUUCCCUCAAAGUGCAACAUCAGCUGGCGGUGUUCCCGACACACUUCUACCAGGGCUACAGCGUGGAGUUACAGAUGAAGUCAACAGAGGUGGACCAAGGGCUUUUCACAGACAGCUACUGCAAAGUGUGCAGCGCUCAGCUCAUCUCCGACUCCCAGAGGGUUGCCCAUUACGAGAGUCGGAAACAUGCCAACAAAGUGCGGCUGUAUUACAUGCUACAUCCUGUGGAUGGAGGCUGCCCUGCCAAGAAGCUCAGAACAGAAAAUGGCAGCGACAAGGGCGACGUGGACAAGAAUAAGUGCUGCACGCUGUGUAACAUGUCCUUCACCUCAGCAGUGGUGGCACAGUCCCACUACCAGGGUAAAAUCCACGCCAAGAGACUAAAACUGCUACUGGGGGAGCAGCCUGCCAUCACAACCAAAGAGGCGUCCCCCAGUCCUGUUAAGAGCUCCCCAGAAACGUCUCCCAUGACCUCCCCGCGACAGCGCCGCGACUCAGACCGCUACUGCCAGCUAUGCAACGCCUGGUUCAACAACCCUGGCAUGGCUCAGCAACAUUAUGAUGGCAAAAAGCACAAGAAAAAUGCUGCUAGAGCAGACCUACUGGAGCAGUUGGGGAAGACCCUGGACAUGGGGGAGAUGAAAGGUCUGAAACGGCGCUAUACCUGUGAAGUGUGCAGCGUCACAUUGAACUCGGUGGCACAGUACCAUGCACAUCUGCAGGGCUCAAAGCACCAAAACAAGGCCUGGGCCUCCAGCAGCGUAGUGCACCUGCACAAGAGGAGUUUGCUCUUGGCCAGAGGAGGAGACUUUGCUGCCAGGUGUUAA